AUGGUGAAAUCAUACCAGCGUUUUGAGCAGGAUUCUGUGCUCGGUGUUAUUUCAAGUAAUUCUAACUGUUUAUGGGUCCCAUCUCAGAAUAGGAACGCAUCAGGCCAAGUUUUGACUGGUGCGCUGGAAAAUGUAAACUGCUGGUCUAUAAAGUCUGGCGAAUUGGUGGGGACGUUGAGCGAUGGUUUUCCGCCUGGAGCUGUGGAUGCCCAGUCUUCAAAACCAGCCGAGUCUGCUUAUUUACAAUACCAUCCUGAUACCAAUCUACUGGCCGUAGGUUAUAACGAUGGCAUGAUCAAAAUUUGGGAUUUGCUCUCUAGGUCAGUUCUCAUGAAAUUUAAUGGCCACAAAUCUGCAAUUACAAUGUUGAGAUUUGAUCAUACUGGCACGAGGCUCAUUUCAGGCUCAAAGGAUUCUGAUAUUGUGGUAUGGGAUUUAGUUGGUGAGGUGGGUUUAUACAAGCUACGUUCACACAAGGAUUCCAUCACUGGUAUAUGGUGCCAAGGGGAAGAAUGGUUGAUAAGUACCUCUAAGGAUGGAUUAAUCAAAGUGUGGGAUUUGAAAACGCAACAAUGCGUCGAAACGCACAUGGCCCAUGUCGGGGAGUGUUGGAGUUUAGGUGUUCACGAAGACCUUGUUGUCACUGCUAGUGCUGAUAAUCAGCUUAAGCUUUGGAAACUUGAUCUCGAGCAAGAACCUGGGCAUAUGCUAGUCGAAAAAGGAGUGCACGAAAAGCAAAGCAAACAAAGAGGUGUCGCAAUUGAGUUUGUGACUGUCAAUGAAGCCGUAACGUUUUUCUUUGUGCAAAAUGCUGAUAGAACUACUGAAGUUUUCAGAUUAAGAACCUCAGAGGAGAUGUCCAAGGCACUAAAAAAAAGGGAAAAGAGACUGAUAGAAAAAGGCCUUUCAUCGGAAGACAUUGAAAAAAAUCUCUCAGAGUCUUUUUGCUCUUUCGUAAUGCAUCCUUUCCAAGUCUUAAGAUCAACGUAUAAAAUCAAAGCUGUUUCCUGGGCCACAACCACUACUUCCAAACUAGAAUUGGCGGUGACCACGGCAAACAACACUGUUGAUUAUUACUCGAUUCCUUACCAUAAGAGAGACCCUACCACACAGUCACCCACGAAACUUUAUUCCAUCGAUAUAAAGGGGCACCGAACCGACGUUCGUGCAAUCGACAUCAGUGAUGAUGGAAAACUUCUCGCAACUGCAUCUAAUGGAUCACUCAAAAUAUGGAACAUGAAGACAAGCAGCUGUAUAAGAACGUUUGAGUGUGGGUAUGCUCUAAGUUGUAAAUUUUUACCAGGAGGAGCAUUGGUAGUUUUAGGGUCCAGAUCGGGUGAACUACAACUUUUUGAUUUAGCUUCCUCGACCCUACUGAGCACAGAAACCGUUCACACCGGUGCUAUAUGGUCUUUAGACAUAACGAGCGAUGGAAAAAAACUUGUUACUGGUUCAGCCGACAAAACGGUGUGUUUUUGGGAAUUCCAAGUCGAACAAGAGCUAAUUCCAGGAUCCGUGGAUAAAUUUGUACCAAAGCUAAAGCUCUUUCACGACACAACUUUGGAGCUUAACGAUGACAUUUUGGCCGUUAAGAUCUCACCAGACGAUAAGUUACUCGCAGUUUCCCUGCUAGAUAACACCGUAAAAGUGUUUUUCUUAGAUUCAAAGAAGUUCUUCCUAAGUUUGUAUGGGCAUAAGCUACCGGUAUUGUCAAUUGACAUAUCGUUUGACUCAAAGCUACUGAUCACUUCCUCAGCAGAUAAAAAUAUUAAAAUUUGGGGAUUGGACUUCGGUGAUUGUCAUAAGUCUUUGUUUGCACACAAUGACUCCAUCAUGAAAGUCUGCUUUGUUCCCGAAUCUCAUAACUUUUUCAGUUGUAGUAAAGACAACUUAGUCAAAUACUGGGAUGGAGAUAAGUUCGAGUGUAUUCAAAAGCUUGCUGCGCAUCAAAAAGAAGUUUGGACUCUAGCAGUAUCUGCUGAUGCUAGAACCGUUGUCUCCGCAUCUCAUGAUCAGAGUAUUCGAGUCUGGCGCGAAACAGAAGAUCAAGUAUUCAUAGAAGAAGAGAGAGAGCGCGAAUCUGACGAACAGUAUGAGCAAACCCUAUUAAACUCAUUGGAGGAUGGGAAUGCUGAUGACAUGUUUCGUAAGGAUAAAAAUGAGGAAGGAGGCAUUACUGACGAGGUUACCGAUGUUCAUAAACAGACAAUUGAGUCAUUAAAAGCUAGUGAGAGACUUGUUGAGGCAAUAGACUUGGGGAUGUCUGAAGUCAAUCUUCUGCAAGAACACGAGAAAGCCAUGAAACUAUGGCAGAAGAAAAAAUCGGGGCCACAACCAGGGAAACCGCAGCCCAACAGCAUUCUACUGGCAGUCCAAAAAUCACCACUUGAAUAUAUCAUGGAUGUUUUGAUUAGGAUUAGGCCGUCACAACUGGAAGACGCCCUACUGGUACUUCCAUUCUCCUAUGUUCUAACAUUACUGCAAUACAUCGAUUUGGUGGUGGAAGAGAAGACCAUUGUUGGUAGGCGUCUGCCUUUGAUCUGCCGAGUGUUGUUUUUCAUAAUAAAGUCAAAUCACAGGGAAUUAUUCUCGCAAAAGAACGAAGAGCUGAAAAUUCAAAUUGAUAGAAUCAAGCUCAAGUUGAGGAGUUCUGUCCAGUCGAAAGCUGAUGAUCUGGGAUUCAACCUUCAGGGCUUGAAAUUUAUCAAGCAACAAUGGAAUCUUAAGCAUAAUUUCGAUUUCACUGACGAUGUAACAAAAAGCCAGAAGGACAACAAGGUGAAGAAGAGGGUUUUUGAAACACUUGUAUAA